CCGCUAGAUUGCCGUCCAUCCGGCCGGCAGCGCGCCGCGAAUCCCCCUCCCAAACCCGCCGCCGCCUCCACCUCCGCCUCGCCUCCUCUCCCACGACGCCACAGCACGUGAAGCCUUCCGGCGACGAAAAUGGGCCACAACGAGAGGGAGCACGAGCACGAGGGCGAUGACCUAUCUGCCGACGACUCUUCCUGGAGCGACGGCGUCUGGUCCGAGGACGACGGCGAGGGUUUUGUGGCGUGGGUUGCAGGACUCGGUGUCGUUCGAGGACAGCGGCGAGGGCUCCGGGUCCGACGCCGAGUCCGACGAGGCGGUGGCAGAAGAGAGCGACUCGUCGGAGGAUGAGGUGGCGCCAAGGAACACCGUGGGGGACGUGCCUCUGGAGUGGUACAAGGACGAGGAGCACAUUGGGUACGACAUUGAUGGGAGGAAGAUCAAGAAGCGCGAUAGGGAGGGCCGCAUCGAAGCCUACCUCAGGAACGCGGAUGACGCUAAGAAUUGGAGAAAGAUCUAUGAUGAGUAUAAUGAUGAGGAGGUUCAGAUUACAAAGGAAGAGGCUAAGAUAAUUAGUAGAUUAUUAAAGGGAAGGACUCCACAUGCCAAUGUUGAUCCAUAUCCAGAUUAUGUUGAUUGGUUUGAAUACGAGGAUAAAGGUCAUCCGCUUUCUAGUGCCCCUGAGCCAAAGAGGCGGUUCGUGCCUUCAAAGUGGGAGCAGAAGAAGGUUGUUAAACUUGUAAGAGCCAUUCGUAAUGGAUGGAUAAAGUUUGAUAAGCCAAAGGAGGAAACUAACUUAUAUCUAUUGUGGGGAGAUGAAACUGAUACAGCAGAUAAUAAGCGGCAAGGCUUGAGCUACAUUCCAGCUCCUAAACCUAAUUUACCAGGUCAUGAAGAGUCAUAUAAUCCUUCUGUUGAAUACAUUCCCACGCAAGAGGAAAUAGAUUCAUACCAGCUUAUGUAUGAGGAGGAUCGUCCAAAGUUUAUUCCAAAACGAUUUGAGUCCCUUCGAAGUGUACCUGCAUAUGAGAAGGCACUGAGGGAAGGUUUUGAUCGAUGUCUAGAUCUGUAUCUAUGCCCUAGAACCCGCAAAAAGCGUAUAAAUAUUGAUCCUGAGUCACUCAAGCCCAAGUUACCAAGUAAAAAGGAUUUGAGGCCAUACCCAAAAACUUGUUACCUUGAGUUCAAGGGCCAUGAGGGUCCUGUGAAAUCAGUUUCAGUUGAAAUGACUGGGCAGUGGCUUGCAUCUGGUUCUUCCGAUGGUACAAUUCGUGUUUGGGAGGUUGAAACUGGUCGCUGUCUUAAAGUUUGGAAUGUCGGAGGUGAUGUCUGUCAUAUUGCCUGGAAUCCUGCACCUGACAGGCCUAUUCUUGCUGCUAUUGUAGAACAUGACCUGCUACUUAUUAAUGCUGGGGUGGGGAGUGAAGAAGUGCAAAUUAGGGCAAAAGAGCUCCUGCAAAUUGGCGAAAUGGUUCCUCAAGAUGAUACUGAUGGUAAGAAACCAGCUGUGAGGUGGAUGAAGCAUGAAAAACUGGAUGGAAUCACCUUGAUUCAUCAUAAGGCUGUGUCAAAUGUGGACUGGCAUUUUAAGGGAGAUUACUUUACCACAGUUGUGCCUAGUGGCAAUACAAAAGCUGUAUUGUUGCAUCAGCUCUCGAAAAAGCACUCGCACCAUCCUUUCCGUAAACUGCCAGGCCUUCCUGUUGCGGCAACAUUCCAUCCAAGUGAGAAGAUGUUCUUUGUUGCUACUAAGAAGUUCAUUCAGGUUUAUGAUCUCCAAAAGGCACAGUUGGUAAAGAAACUGGAGUCAGGUCUUCGUGAGAUUUCCUCUAUCUCGAUCCAUCCUGGUGGUGAUAAUGUUAUUGUGGGAAGCAAAGAUGGCAAACUAUGCUGGUUUGAUACUGACCUAUCUACACGACCAUACAAGACUCUAAAGACCCACUCGAAGGAUAUUACGAGUGUUACUUUUCACAGAAAGUACCCUCUUUUUGCCUCAUCCUCCGAGGACUGUACUGCCUAUGUAUGUCAUGGAAUGGUCUAUUCUGAUCUUAACCAGAACCCACUUAUUGUACCAUUGGAAAUUCUUCGUGGCCAUUCUAGUUCAGAUGGAAGAGGGGUUUUAGACUGCAAGUUCCAUCCAAAACAGCCUUGGUUGUUCACUGCUGGUGCUGACUCCGUGAUUAGACUAUAUUGCGACUAAGCAUUCCAGCAAGGAUGAUACAUGAUUUGACCAGGCAAUGACUUGUAGGCUGUCUAUGGGCCUCGGGUAUAGCGACGAUUGCUAAUUUCUGGUAUGAAGUCCCUAACUUUAGUCUGGAUAACGUUACCAAUGGAUCAGUGCGCAUGUGUGAAGCUUUCAGUUUUGAUAGCAGUUUUGAUUCGGAUGAGUGGCGGAUCUUUGUUUAUGCCUACUUUUGAAGAGAGACAUCCAUGAGGGGCAGGGUCUUCAGAGUCUGAACAUUCUGGCAGGUGUAACAGGAACUUGUGAAGAACACUCUGAACUACCUCAAACUCAAUGUUAGUGGUUUGGCAGCAUUUGAAAAUUUUCAAGUCUCGGGCUUGACCUGUUCCAGAAGGCAGUAAUUAAUGCUGUCACACACAUCUUAGAGUAGGUUGCUAUAUUUUUUUUUAUUGCUAUGUGAAAGCUGAAACUAGCAGAUGUAAAAACUGGAGGAGUAAUUUGGUGGUGUUGUAAUAUCGCUCAAUUUGUACCAUGGUCUUUAAUACUGAACGCUGGUCACCAAGCUCUACCAAAGCCAAAGCCUGAGAUGGUGUACGAACCCUUACAGCUACUAUGAAUUGAGUUUCCAGCAUCGUGCAAACGGUGCUAUAGGGAAGAGGUUUAUGAGCAUGUACAAAAUGACAAGAAAAGAAUACAACAAUUUAAGGGCAGGAGAUUAUUUAGUCCACGGUGAAGCAAGCAGCAAAGCAAUUACAUAAUGAUUACAGAGAUUAAGCUAU